UGGCAUUCCUAGAUGCAUGGUUGAGGGUGAAGGAAGUAUUUCAUGUGACCAGGAGAGGACAAGACGGAAAGUCCAGGAUUUAUCCCAAAGCUUUGCAAUGACAGAGGUGAACACAGUCUCCCUGCGUCCUACAGAGACCAGCCUGAACAACAGUGGUAUACAUAAUCAGACGGAAUGCCAGAUGGAUGAUUUAGCUGAAGUGAUCCUGGACAGCAUCACUCUACUGAUCUGCCUGUUUGGACUGGUGGGGAAUGGGAUCGUUCUCUGGAUUCUUGGCUGCCACAUCAAGAGGAACCCCUUUACUGUCUACAUCCUGAAUUUGGCCAUUGCUGACUUUGGUUUCCUGCUCUGCCUGCCUGUUUUCCUCGCAAUAGUAUAUAUAUAUUGUUUUACUUCACAUUUUCCCAUCAUACUAGACACAUUUUUCCUACUUUCACUGUUGACAUAUAACACCAGCCUGUUUGUUCUGACAGCCAUAAGCACUGAGAGAUGUCUGUCUGUCCUCUGUCCAAUCUGGCAACAUAUUCACCGCCCAAAGUACUUGUCUGCCACAGUGUGUGCCCUGUUCUGGGUUCUUUCCUGUCUGACAACUGGACUAAUAUCAUUUUUCUGUCUGUUUGAAGAAUCUGACUAUUGUAGUGUGACAUUCCAGGUCACGUGCGUUUUGAGUUUCUUAAUUUUCCCUCCCCUUAUGAUUAUUUUCAAUCUGAUCCUUUUCAUCAGGAUUCAAUAUGGCUCACAGCGACAUCAGCCCAGAAGGCUCUAUGUUGUUAUCCUGCUCACCAUCAUCUUCUUCCUCCUCUUUGCUGUUCCCUUCAGUGCCUAUAUUUUCCUUAGUAUUUUUGAAUAUUUUGAUUUGAAAUUUGAGGCAUGUAUUAUGCUGGCCUCUGUAAACAGUAGCGUCAACCCUGUUAUUUACUUCUUGGUUGGGAACUAUAGAAAGCGCCUGUUCAGGGGCUCUAUCAAGGUUGCACUCCAGAGAGUUUUUCAAGAGAAGAUAGAUCCCAGGGGAGUAAAUGAGGUGCCUACAGCAGACAUAAUGGAUACAACCAUUUAA